CUUUGCCUCUCACUUGUUCCCGCCACUCCAUCCGCUUGGUGUCACCCCGGCUUCCGCACUGUCGCGGCCUCUUCGAGUCGCUUCGCUUCGUGCCCUUCUACCGUGCUGUGCUGCGGGAACGUCCCAUGGUCUACAUUGACGGGAGGAGGGGAACAGCAGCCUCGCCAGGCGCCAGGCGCCAUGCCUCACCACGCCGCAGGGUGGCCGUCUGGCCGAGAUGCGGCCGCCCCAUGCUCUGUUCCGAUGGCCUCCUCUACUCGAUGGUCGCCGUUGGUUGAGUUUCCUGUUGUUGCCUACGUCGAGCCUUGGGUCCGUCCCUCCUUCACAUUGAGUUCAACCUACUUCUCCUGUCGCUGGCGCUUCUUCUUCUCGUCCAUCCUGCUGCUUACCCAACGUGCUUCUGCUUGCUGCCUAGGGUUGUACGGUUUCUUCGAUCGCUGUGUCGUUCGACUCGUCAAGGAUGUGUACGCUGUUUCUGUUGUUAUACCUGCUUUGGAGGUCGUGGUAGCUCGAUGCGCUUUGCGCCGCUUUCAUAUUUGUGUGUGGUCGCAGAGGAUGGCUCUGUUCUUCCUGGUGUAGAACUCGAGCUCCCAGUGGGACAGUUCUGGCCCUAUGGAGAAGCUUGAUGAAGAAGCCGAGAAUGAAGUGGCGAGCAUAAAAGAAAUGCAGAGCCAGUUUCCCUCGGAUGCAGUGUAUUAUUACACUGACUCUGAGGAUAGACAACAGUCUACCGAGGCUACUCCACCAAUGGUGAAAAUCCCCUACAGAAUGAUGCUGGAUGUCCUUUUAGAAUCUUUGGGCCUGCCAGAGGCUGAGUAUCGAACCAAAGAAUGCGUAUGCGAGGGUGGUUCGAAGUUACGAAGAACCCCAUUUUCGUUCAGAUAUGCACGCCUUUUUGUCAUCCGGAGUCUUUGCAUUUAGGUUUAUAUUAUUGAUUCAGGUUUAGUUGUUUAGAUCAAAACUGUAAUCUUGCAUGUAGAUUGGGCAGAUUAUUUCUCACUUCGAGGACUCUGUUUUGUUCAUCGGAAAGUUUUUUCCAGUGCCCCGAGAACUUUGCUCUGAUGUUCGUCCCAAAAUGAAUUGAAAUUACUACGAUUCAUGCAAGUUACUUGGCAAAGAAAAUUGUUCUCUGCAUAAUGGAUACAUGUACUAUUUGGAUAGUGGAUACAUGUACUGAUUGUAGAUUCUUUUACUUA